AUGUCGGAUGAAGACGAAUGGAAGUAUAUCUAUCCUUCAUCAGAAAAUGACGCUCCUGAUGAUGAAUCACCGAGGAAGCGUAGAACUGGCUUAAGAAAUACCUCUGUCCUAUCGCCAAUUGGCGUUAGACGAUUAGCUGAUGAACAGGAAUUCUACGUCGGUGAUUGCGUUUUAUUGGAUUCUGGUUCUGAUACUCCGUAUGUCGGGAUAAUUGAAAGUUUCUUUUUUAGUGAAAAGGGAUUCAUGGAGACGAGGACUAUUUGGUUUAGAAGAUUUUCUGAGAUAACCCGGCAGUCUGCACGAAAGAAUGCUCCCGAGAAUCUUGAAGGCGAGCUCUUUGCUACACCCGACAUGGGAAGAGACUCACUGGAUAUACUAUUGGAGCCGGCUAUCGUCUUGAGUUAUUCGGAAUAUCAAAAUAGAAUUGCCGCAACCAGUGACACUCCUAUAGAAGAAAAGAAUACCUUCUUUUGCCGCAGGACAUUCAAUUCGGACAGGGGUCUGUUUGGCAAAGAGGAUUUUGACUGGUCCACAGUAUACGCAGGUAGAGGGUCAGAUAUGUUACAAUUACUUGCAAACCUAGAAGAUCUCACACCAAGUACUAGGAAAAAGACUGCUACGCCAAGAGCAAGCCCCGCCAAGAAACAACCACCAAAGAAAAAAAUAAUAGAAUUGAGCAGUAGCGACGAGGAGGAUGAGCUUUUGUCUGGUUCCGAUAGUGACGAAUUUUUUGACACAGCUGAAGAUAAAGCUGGAAUAAGAACUUCUCCAUCGCCAACACCAUCCAAACGUAAACGCACAAGUGCAUCAGAACCUAAAACACCUACAAAGUCGAGGAAAAAAGCAUCUAUCUCUAACACGCCAAAAACUCCAAAAUCAUCAACUGUAAGUCCCGUCAAGAAGCGCUCCACAGCGACACCAAGACGAAAGCUUAAUCCAUUACAGCCCACGGCAGUUCAUGCGCUGCCAGUAAGAAUGUCACCCACUAAGCAGGUCCCCACCAGUCCACACAAGUUUGCUAGAGACGUACUCCAUGUUGCGACAGUUCCUGACUCGCUACCGUGUCGAGAAUCGGAAUUCUCACAAAUAUUUCUUGCUCUUGAAAGUGCAAUCAGCUCAGAAUCAGGUACUUGUGUUUACAUAAGUGGUACUCCAGGAACAGGCAAGACUGCUACUGUGCGUGAAGUUAUUGCACAGCUGCAGUUGAGAGUCGAAGAUGAAGAACUUCCUGCUUUCAAGUUUGUGGAAAUAAAUGGAAUGAAGCUGACAAAUCCGCAUACUGCCUAUGAAAUCCUCUAUGAAAAUAUCUCUAAUAAAAAAGCUGCUGCUGCAACAGCCAUGGUGCUCUUGGAAAAGCAAUUCAAGUCAUCGUCUGAUAAUAACAGUAUGCCAGUUGUUGUCUUGAUGGAUGAACUAGAUCAACUAGUCACCAAAAACCAAGGUGUUAUGUACAAUUUCUUUAAUUGGCCAACAUUUUCCCAUUCCAAACUUAUAGUAGUAGCAGUUGCCAAUACUAUGGAUCUACCAGAAAGAAUGCUAUCAAACAAAAUCUCAUCUAGAUUGGGCUUAACACGUAUUCAGUUUCCGGGGUAUAGUCAUGAACAGUUACGAGAAAUCAUUUCCACUAGAUUGGCAAAUCUUCCAGAGGGUGCAGGCAUUGUAGAAAAAGAUGCGAUUGAAUUUGCAUCUCGUAAAAUUGCAGGUGUCAGUGGUGAUGCUAGAAGAGCUCUAGACAUCUGCCGUAGAGCGGUUGAGCUUGCUCAGCCAGAAGAAGAAGAAAUCAGUGAUACACUUAAUGAUGGUGAGAAAGGCAGUCUCGACGAGCACAAGGUUACGAUAGACCAUAUCAAAAAAGCAAUUGCUGAGAGUACAAGCUCGCCCACCCACACUUUUCUCCGUGGCUUGUCUAUGUCUGCCAAAAUAUUAGUCUGUGCAAUGCUGUCUCGAGUCCGUCGCAGCGGACUAAUUGACAAUCCGCUUGGUGAUGUUCUGCAGGAAACAGAACGUAUUGUAAAAUUGUCGAAUGACUCGGAGAAGCUAACUGCCGUACUUUUCAACAAUAACCGGGUGAGAAUUGCUGGAUUUCAAUACGCCCUUAAUGAAUUGAUUGAAGGAGGUGUUCUUCUGCAGCAGAUGCUUCGUGGCGAACGAAGUGCGAAUAUCCGUCUCUCUAUCGGUGAGGAGUAUGUCAAGAGUGCGUUUAAAAAUGACCUUCAGGUCGCUGGUAUGCUCUAA